CCCAGCGGAGGAGGUGGCGGUGGGGCAGCGGGCCCGGGACGGGCCACAGCGAAGGCCGGGGCGCGGGGCCGCCGCGGAGGGGCUGGGUGGGGGUGCAGUGACACGCAGGCGGUUCCGCGGGCCGGCUCUGGGCGGGGACGGGCUGCGGGGUGGCGUGGCGGCGGUCGGGGUUUUUUUUGGGGGAGGAGACGGCUUCGUGGCCUCCAUAGCGGAGGAGUCUGGUUCCUCGGUGAGGAUAGCUGGAGCCCUGGCACUCAUCCUUGCGUUCUGCAGAUCGUGGCCCUCGAGUAGCGAGUGGGCGCUCGAGCCCCACGUUCAGCCUCUGGGUAUCCGAUGCCCUGUCUGGAACCCAUGGUCUCUCCCUCCACCAACACCCCACUCCCAUCCACCCUUUUUAUUUUUCCUGUGCAUGGAAAAAUUCCCUCUUGGGCGAUUAUCGUAGAUGAAUGUUUUCUUCGUCAUUUUUACCCAGGUUGUAAGCAUCAAUAAUGUCUUUCAUCUUUGAGUGGAUCUACAAUGGCUUCAGCAGUGUGCUCCAGUUCCUAGGACUCUACAAGAAAUCUGGAAAACUUGUAUUCUUAGGAUUGGACAAUGCGGGCAAAACCACUCUUCUUCACAUGCUGAAAGAUGACAGACUAGGCCAGCACGUACCAACACUCCAUCCCACUUCAGAAGAACUGACAAUUGCUGGAAUGACUUUCACCACUUUUGAUCUCGGUGGGCAUGAGCAAGCACGUCGCGUUUGGAAAAAUUAUCUCCCAGCGAUUAAUGGCAUAGUUUUUCUGGUGGACUGUGCGGAUCAUUCUCGUCUCAUGGAAUCCAAAGUUGAGCUUAAUGCUUUAAUGACUGAUGAAACAAUAUCCAACGUGCCAAUUCUUAUCUUGGGAAACAAAAUUGACAGGACAGAUGCAAUCAGUGAAGAAAAACUCCGUGAAAUAUUUGGGCUGUACGGGCAGACCACAGGAAAGGGGAAUGUGACUCUGAAGGAGCUGAACGCCCGCCCCAUGGAAGUAUUCAUGUGCAGUGUGCUCAAGAGGCAAGGCUACGGCGAGGGUUUCCGCUGGCUUUCCCAGUAUAUUGACUGAUGUUUGGACAGUGAAAAUAAAGAGUUUUACUUCUGGACUGAUCCUAUUCACAGCUUCCUCAUGGACUUUUCUAAUAGAACAAGGAAAGCUCUCCAACCAUGUAUGGCAUUGAGAAGCCACACGUCUGUCUACGCUCAUUGCCCAGUGGUGACAUGUGCUCUUCUCCACACUGCCUGCUGUUGCUGCCGGGCAGUGUGUGGGGACUGGGGCUGGCAGCAUUUGCCAGGGAAAGCUGGGUGCCAUCAUGGGACACCCGAGAAGAAAAACAUGUCUCACCACUGGUUGAUUUCAAAAGAAAGUGAUUCUAUUUUUUAAAGAAAGUGUUGUUAAUGUAAUUGGUAUCCCUUCUCUAACUUUUUCAGUUCACAAUUUACUUGGUCCAGAUUUUCUAUUCUUUUUUUUUAACUAGUAAAUGAAAUUUACAUACUUCAUAAAAUUAUGAACAGAUAGCGCAUUGGGCUCUGCUGUGUGACUGCCUGUUGAGGGUGGUACCCGAGACAAGAGCCUGGAGAGGACAGAGCCUCGGCCUUCCCCAGGGUGGUCUCCACCAUGGUAAGGGGAGUCCUCAUCUGGAGUGGGUGAAGUAUCAUGGUCACGUUGUCAACUUUAUUUGCAGUUACCAGUUUCAGCAGGCUUUGCUUUUAUACUGUUGUGAAAUUUCAUCUCUCUGUGUAGCACCUUCCUUUUUUCCAUUGUAGAUAUAAAAAGUGACUUUUGCCUCAUGAAAGAGUUACAGACAUCUGUCAUGUAGACCCCAUGCUGUGGGUGUGACUGAUGCUUUUGAACAUAGUCUAGAGGGACGGUUCUGAACCGGAGGGUGCAGCUCAAAAUCAUCAGCUUAAGGCUCUGAAUUCUGUGCGAUUCUCAUCUGGCAGCAACAAGAGAACCCAGGAAAAACCCUCAGGGGACUCUGUGUUUUCUCCUUCAGAAAUAACAGAAAACCCAGAUGGCCUUCUGGCAGCAGCGAGUGCUAACAUGAAAGCAGCAGCGGCCCUGUGAGGAUCAUGAACAGGCUUUUUAUAUAUAUACAGAUAGCAUUUGGUUUUCUUGCUGCCGUGUGUGAUGUUAACUUUAUAUUUUACCCUUGAGUGCAUGAGAGGAGAUGGUCUGCAGAUGGGAGGGUAUCUUGAUUCUGAUUUCCUUUAAUGCAAGGUGAGAGUAGGUUCUUAAGUGGAGAUUCUGCUGUUGCUGCUGCUGUAUUCUGACAGGCUCGUGUCCAGCAAGAGGGUAGGGAAGCUAGAAGCACACUCCUGGAGAGUGACUUACCACAUUUUAGUUUUGAGCACUGAGCCUAUGGGACAGUGUUUUGUUACACUGCCGGGUUUCCAAUGCAGAGGCUUGGUGAGGUGUCUGUCUGCAAACUGCAUGCACUGCGUUCACCCACGUACAGCUGGGAUGAGAACUGUCAGUGUGGAAGGGCCUACUGUUAAAGCCCUGAGUGAGCUAGGUAGGUGACUGUUGUGCCCUUCAUUGCCUUUGGCUAAAGACUGUCCACAUGUCUGUCCAGGCACAUGACAGGUGUGAGGGCCUCAGCGUUGGGUUCUUCAUCUGUCUUUCUCGUUUGUCCCUAAUUGCUCGGUAGCAACCUAGAAGACUGGACUCUGCCCAGGGUGGCUCUUUGUGAAAGUGGUUUAUUCUGGCCACCGGAGAAAGAUGGCUGAACAGUGGCACCAGUCUGCUUCAUGCUGCACAGAACACCGUCUUAAGUAAGGUGGCCAAAAGAGGUUGCUGCAGCAAGUGCAACUCUGCCAGGGCCAUGGCCAGGGGCUCCAAUGAACUGAGACUCUUCAUUCUGUUUAUCAGAGUGCACAUGUGUCCUGUUUCAGCAAAAGUAAAACUGUCAUUUACAAAAGGUCAGUCUGUAUCCUAAGCAUUUUAAUAAAAAGCUAAAAUGAA